AUGGCGGGUCGAAUUCGCGUGCUCAACGUGGUCGCAGCGGUGGCUAUUGUGGUGAUAGUGUACUAUGUGGGUCGACCGCUGUACUGGGAGUUAGAGGCGAGGCUGCAGGAGUACCGCGAGGGCUUCUCGGACGCCACUCGCGCUGCCACCACGGCAACAGCAGCGCAGGGAGGAGCGAUUCAGCCAGUCGGCAACGCGCGAGGGCUGGAGGCAGCGCUGCAGGGGCUGCCCAGGGAGGCGUCGGCGUCGGUGGCGCUGAUGGCGCUGGACGUGGUGGACCCCGACGCCACCCCGCCCGCGACCCCCGCUGCGCCCGCUGGAGCCACAGGAUCAGGAGGUGCAGACGCCGCAGGAGCAGCGGAAGGAGAGGUAGGGGCAACAGAAGAGGGAGGGGCAGCAGGGGCAGGGGGCAAGCAGGAACCGGCAGGCGCGUCAGGAGAAUCCCUGGAUCUGCCUUCAGACGCCCCUGCAGCAACGGCCCCGGCACUGGGAACGACUGCUGGAGAAGUAGCUGCAGGCGCCACCUCCAUGGGUUCAUCUGGAGCGGGCGCAUCUGGGGCGGGCGCAUCUGGGGCGGGCGCAUCUGGGGCAGGCGCAUCUGGGGCGGGGUCAUUUGCGACUGGCGUGCGCCCCAUCCUGCACGAGGGCAGGCCGUUGCUGCCCGCCCUGAAACGCGAGAUCUGGGAGAAGCCUCCCGUGGGCAGCGCGGUGCCUGCGAGAGCCGAGUUCGCCCUGCGGCGUGAGAUGGUGGAGCACCGGCAGCGCGAGGGCGUGGUGGUGGUGACGUUCGCCAACCACGCGUUUCUGGACUUUGUUCUCAACUGGGUGCGCCACCUCACCGACCUGGGCGUCCACAACAUCCUCGUCGGUCCCAUCCCCUGUUCUCACUUGCCUCCUGCUGCCUGCAUCCCCUCUUCUCACUCCUCAGGUGCCAUGGACGUGCAGUUCCUGGAGGCGCUGUACUGGGAGGGCGUGCCGGUGUUUGACCUGGAGAGCGGCAUGACGUCGGACGACCCGGGGUGGGGCACGCCGGUGUUCCACGCCAUGGGGCGCGAGAAGGUCACGCUCAUCAACGUCUUCCUCUCGCUGGACGUGCAGCUGCUCAUCUGCGACACCGACACCGUCUGGCUCAGAAACCCGCUGCCCUACAUGGCGCGAUACCCCCAGGCGGACGUGCUGACGUCAUCGGACCAUCUCGUGCGCUCCGUGGACGACGAGUCCCUGGAGCACUGGGACCGCGGUGAGUGGAGCACUGGGACCGCGGGCGCGUACAACAUCGGCAUUCUGCACUUCCGCCCCACGGACCCGGCGAAGCGCUUCGCACGGGCGUGGGCGGAGCAGCUGGCGGCGGACGCCAAGGUGUGGGACCAGAACGGCUUCAACGACCUCAUGCGGCAGAAGCUCGGCCCCGACGUCAACCCCGACGCGCACGACAACGUCUUCUGGGCCUUCGACGGCUCGCUCAAACUCGGCAUCCUGCCCGUCGCGCUCUUCUGCUCCGGCCACACCUACUUCGUGCAGCACCUGUAUCGCAAGGUGGGGUUGGAGCCUUACGCGAUGCACGCCACGUUCCAGUUCGCCGGCACCAACGGCAAGCGCCACCGCUUCCGCGAGGCCAUGGCGUUCAUCGACCCGCCGCAGUACUACGACCCUCCAGGUGGCGUGCUGUCAUUCGUGAACAACAUCCCGGAGGAGCUGCUGACAGGGGGCGACCACUCCCUGCAGACGCACUUCAACCUCGUCAACUACCAGGACAGCUCCCUGCCAGCUCCGCGCGGGCACGACAUCUUGGAACCGAUUGAUUCCCCCAUCCACAACACCUGCGCCCUUCUCCCCCCACUGCAGGUGCUGGCUGCCAUGUGGGUGCGGUACGACCGCAUCUGGUUCCCCCACCCGGGGAUACUAGACGGCACCGACACGCCGCAGCCGUUCCUGGCGCCAGUGGACCACGUGGUGGAGGUGCAGAAGAUGCUGCCCGGCAACCUCAAGGAGGACGAAUUCGGGCCUGCUGUGCCCAUUCGCGAGUACUCGUUCCUCGACAACCCCCGCACCCCACAGGCGGUGCUCAAGUCAAAGCUGUCUGUGCAGCUGUGUGACGAGGGCUCCCCCGACUGUCCCAGCACGCCCGAUGGUCCCACCGACACCAUUCGAAUUAAAAAGAACUCCCGGCAGAAUGAGCUCAAGGCAGUGCUGUCCCGUUACUCAAACAUCAAGUGGAUCGAGCUCUCUUCUAUGGUUGACUCCUUUGGAGGCUGGGACGACAAAGCGAUGGAGAGGAAGUUCAGGUGGCGCCUGCGGCAGUACGUGGGCAUCUGGUGCUGCGUCAACGCACAGCCAGGUCACAUCUGGUAUGAUUUCUUCAACGAUGAAAUCCCCGGGUGGAAGCCCAGGCCACCAGCCAAUUGGACGGAGGACCACCCACCCUGGGGCAAGGACCAACCGGGUGCCUCAUGA